CACUACUCCCACCCAUUCUCUCUCUUUUCUAUAUAAUCUCAACCCACACGGCCCCCCUUUCCACUCCUCCACAACUCCACUGCUUUUCAUCAUCAUCAUCAUCAUCAUCCCUUUCUUACUCUCUUUCUCUCUCAACUGCACCUCAAUCUCAUUCCCUUCUUUACCCAACUUCUCCACCGGGGCUAAAUUUUAUAAAGCUAGACAUGAUGGUUCAAAAGGAAGAUUUGGGUUUGAGUCUAAGCCUCAACUUCCGUCACAAUAUUCCCAAUCCUCAACAUCUUACUCUCAUCUCCUCUUCCCCUUCCGCUUCAAAUCCUUUUAAACCCUCUUGGAACGACGCUUUUGCCUCCUCGGAUCGAAACUCGGACACAUGCAGAGGCGAAACCCGAUCGUUCCUACGCGGAAUCGACGUGAAUCGGUUGCCUUCGGCCGUGGACAUGGAAGAGGAAGCGGGAGUUUCGUCUCCGAACAGCACCGUUUCGAGCGUGAGCGGAAAACGAAGCGAGCGAGAACCCACCGGCGAAGAACACGACAUGAACAGAGCCUGUUCCCGCGGAGUCAGCGACGAAGAAGACGGCGAAACCUCAAGGAAAAAGCUCAGACUCUCCAAAGACCAAUCAGCUAUUCUGGAAGAAAGUUUCAAAGAGCACAAUACCCUCAACCCGAAGCAAAAGCUGGCACUGGCAAAGCAGCUAGGUCUUCUACCAAGACAAGUUGAGGUGUGGUUCCAGAACCGAAGAGCAAGGACUAAGCUGAAGCAAACCGAGGUGGACUGCGAGGUGUUGAAAAGGUGCUGUGAGAAUCUGACGGAGGAAAAUAGAAGGUUGCAGAAGGAAGUCCAGGAGCUUAGAGCACUGAAACUUUCCCCUCAGUUUUACAUGCAAAUGACCCCUCCCACCACACUCACCAUGUGCCCAUCUUGCGAGCGGGUGGCUGUUCCGUCGUCGGCCGUGGAUGCCGGCACGCGUCAUCAUCCGAUGGGCCAGGCACAGAGCCACAGUCGGGCCCUAGGCAUGGGGCCGUGGGGUUCGGCAGCUUCCAUUCCGCAGCGGGGCUUUGAUGGUUUCCACCACUGAUUGUGAAUAAGGGUGAAACAGUGGACACGGUGAUUAGAAGAAGAAGGGUUCUAGUGGGUCUCCAAUGUUUUGUACCACUUUGACUCAUCAUCUUUUGUUUUUUGCUUGGAUGACCCGUAUUAUUUAUUAUUAGUUAGGAGGUUUUCAGUUUUUAGUAUUUCUUAACCUUUUCCCAUCUCAACACUAAACACACACUUUGUGUAAACUGCAAUUAUAUAGCUUUCUUUCCCAUACCCUGUUUUUCUCAAACCAUUCUUUUGUUUUUAGUGUCUAUACUUCCUAGGCAUCUUAUAACCACGCUUUCUGAUACCUUAAUAAACAAGUUUCUCUUUCA